UGUCGAGCUUGACUUUUACGGCACACGCUGCACCCUUCUUUUCGCAGAAAUGACCUAAACCCAAGUUUACAUUUGAUUCUAUUCAACCCAGUGCCCUUCUAUUAGCCUACACUUACGGGAAGUGUGAUGAAGGAGCAGUUACUUUGUUGAGAUUUGACACUAGAAGCGGUAGUAGCCAAGUUAGAGUAUUUAUUGAGGGAAGCUCAUGGCGGCUGUGAGUGUGAGUAGCGGUAGUAGUGACACAUCUAACACCGGCGAAGAGGAGAGGAUGAGGCGGUUGUUUCUGACUUGCGACGGCGACGGUGAUGGAUACAUCAACAGGAAUGACCUGCUGAUGGUGUGCAGACAGCUUAACAUGGAGGAGUCUGUGGCAGAGAUCAUGGGCCAGCUGGGAGCAGAUGAGCGAGGCAAGAUUUCCUUCGAGGAUUUCACCCGCUGCCGCAUGCAGCUCGUCAACGAGAUCCGCAAGGAAGAGGGCGAGCUCUCCCAACGCUCCCAGGACUCUGAAACUAGGAAGCUCAGGGAACACAACGCCUCUUGGCCAACCAGCAGUGAGAACAGCCUGGGGACCCUGUCAGGGGCCAGAGAGAGCUGGGAGUACGACUCUGGGGCCAGGGACCUCCAGAGUCCAGACAUCCAGCCUCAGCAAACACAGACCCAGCAGCAGCCAGCCAUCCUCCAGAAGGUCCUGGAACCGCCUGGGACUGUCCUAGAACAGCAGGCUGCCCUUCAUAUGCUCCUCUCCCAGACCAGCGCCCGCUGUGCCCCCCUGGGGGGAAAUUACCUGGAGCUGGCCAACACACUCCAGCUGACAGCCCUGGCCUCGUGGAAGGGGGACUUAGUGGAGCUGAACAAGCGGCUGGUGCAGACGGAGAGAGAAAGAGAGCUUCUAGAGAAGAGACUGGCCAAAGCACAGUGUGAGCAGUCCUAUCUGAUGCGGGAGCAUGAGGACGUUCAGGAGCGGACCACCCUACGAUACGAGGAGAGGAUCACAGAGCUACACAGCAUCAUCGCUGAGCUCAACAAGAAGAUAGACCUGCUACAAGGCACUACCAUCAGGGAGGAGGAUGAGUUUUCGGAGCUGCGUUCGGAGCUCAGCCACAGCCAGCACGAGGUCAACGAGGACGGACGCAGCAUCGACCAGGACGUGGCCUCCGUCUCACUGGCUGAAAACCACUCCACCCUGGCGACCGCCAACAUGGACAACUGCAGUGACCUGAACUCAGAGCUGCAGCGGGUUCUGACGGGGUUGGAGAGCGUGCUGUGUGGGAGGAAGAAGAGCACAUGCAGCCUGUCUGUGGCCGAGGUGGACCGCCAGAUAGAGCAGCUGACCACCGCCAGCCAACACUGUGACCUUGCCAUCAAGACGGUGGAGGAGAUCGAGGGGGCCUUGGGCCGGGACUUCUACCCCAGCCUGUCGGAGGAGCGUAUGCACUGGCAGAAGGAGCUGGCCGGCCUGAGGGAAGAGAACGAGAGCCUGACGGCCAUGCUGUGCUCCAAGGAGGAGGACCUAAACCGCACCAAGGCCACCAUGAACGCCAUCCGGGAAGAACGUGACCGCUUGAGGCGACGGGUGCGGGAGCUGCAGACGCGUCUCCAGAGCUCCCAGCCUGCAGGCCUUUCCAGCCCCGGGCGUCUCACCCCCGCCUCUCGUCCAAUCAACCCCAGCACUGGGGAACUCAGCACCAGCAGCAGCAGUAACGACAUACCUGUGGCCAAGGUGGCGGAGCGGGUGAAACUGUCUAAAACCAGGUCGGAGUCUUCCUCCACCGAGAGGCCUGUUCUGGGAUCAGAGAUCAGCAGCAUCGGGGUAUCCAGUAAUGUGGCGGAGCACUUGGCACACUCCCUCCAGGACUGCUCCAACAUCCAGGAGAUCUUCCAGACCCUCUACUCCCACGGAUCAGCCAUCUCUGAGAACAAGAUCAAGGAGUUUGAGGUGGAGACGGAGAGACUUAACAGCCGUAUCGAGCACCUGAAGUCUCAGAAUGACCUCUUGACCAUCACGUUGGAGGAGUGUAAGGGCAACGCAGAGAGGAUGAGCAUGCUGGUCGGCAAAUAUGAGUCCAACGCUACCGCCCUACGACUGGCACUGCAGUACAGUGAACAGUGUAUAGAGGCCUAUGAGCUGCUGUUGACGCUGGCGGAGAGUGAACAGAGUCUGGUACUGGGCCAGUUCAGAGCUGCCGGAGUGGGCGACGUAGGCGAGAAGUUGGGAGAGGAGAGCAUCACUCAAAUCCUGAAGAGGGCCCAUGACUGCAGGAAGACUGCAGAGAAUGCAGCCAAGGAUCUUCUGGGCAGGCUGGAUGGUAGCUGUGGAGCCGCUUUCGCUGUGACUGGCUGCAGUGUUCAACCAUGGGAGAGCCUGUCCUCCAAUAGUCACACUAGCACCACCAGUUCCACGACCAGCUCGUGCGACACAGACUUCUCCAAGGAGGACGAACAGCGACUGAAAGACUACGUGCAGCAGCUAAAGAAUGACCGUGCGGCAGUCAAACUGACCAUGCUGGAGCUAGAGAGCGUUCACGUCGACCCCCUCAGCCUUGAGGUCAAGCCACGGGGAGACACGCACCGUCUGGACCUGGAGAACGCUGUGCUGAUGCAGGAGCUCAUGGCUAUGAAGGAGGAGAUGGCGGAGCUGAAGGCCCAGCUCUACCUGCUGGAGAAGGAGAAGAAGGCGGUGGAGCUGCGGCUGAGCACGCGGGAGGCCCAGGAGCAGGCUUACCUGGUGCACAUCGAGCACCUCAAGGCCGAAGUGGAGGAGCAGCAGGAGCAGCGCAGGAGAUCCCUCAGCUCCACUGGGAGUAGUAGUAAAGACAAGAGCCAAGCCGCUAAGGAUUGUGGAGACUCUCCGGCCAUCAGCCUAUCAGACCUGAGGACACUGAAUGAUAGCGACCUGGCAGCAGAGCUCACCAACGCACUGAGACGGGAGAAGAAGCUAAAGGGGCGUGUCCAGGAGCUAGUGGCAGCGCUGGAAAGACUAACCAAGAGUAGCGAGGUCCGCCACCAGCAGAGUGCCGAGUUCGUCAACGAUCUGAAACGGGCAAACAGUAACCUGGUGGCUGCAUAUGAGAAGGCCAAGAAAAAGCACCAGGGUAAGCUGAAAAAGCUGGAGGCUCAGAUGAUGGCCAUGGUGGAGCGCCACGAGACACAGGUUCGCAUGCUCAAACAACGCAUCGCCCUGCUGGAGGAGGAAAACUCACGUCCACACACCAAUGAGACCUCCCUAUGAGAACUGAUGAGACAUCCCUAUCAGAACUCACAAGGCAUCACUAUGAGAACUCACCAGACGUCGCUUCAGAAACUCACCAGACGUCGCUUCAGAAACUCACCAGACGUCGCUUCAGAAACUCACCAGACGUCGCUUCAGAAACUCACCAGACGUCGCUUCAGAAACUCACCAGACGUCGCUUCAGAAACUCACCAGACGUCGCUUCAGAAACUCACCAGACGUCGCUAUGAGAACUCACCAGACGUCGCUAUGAGAACUCACCAGACGUCGCUUCAGAAACUCACCAGACGUCGCUAUGAGAACUCACCAGACGUCGCUUCAGAAACUCACCAGACGUCGCUAUGAGAACUCACGAGAACUCAUCACAAUGAGAGAUACAUCACUGUGAGAACUUGCAGCCAAAACUCACAGCGCCACACCAACAGGACCUCCGGGUGAGCAACGCAAGGAGACUUCAUGUCCACAUUAUUAUAUGAAACAUCAUUACGAGCAUCGGUUAGAGGAGGGGACAAGGGAAUGGCUGGUAUGUGUGUGUGCUGAGAAUGUAAGCUUUCCCUACCAACCCAUAGACACCCUGCAGUCCUAUUCGGCACAUACACGUGGGGAGGACACUCUGCGGUGAUAGCUGCAAGUUCAUUGGCCAGCAGAUGGACAGGUAAAACUGUCAGGACCAAUUGGAGUUGACGCUACAAAUGACAGCUUUCAAUCAUAUCUGCAGAACGACACAUUUUGUUUACCACAGAAACCGGUAGAGGAAAAGUGUCAUUUAAUAUUUUUUGAGAGGAGCACUAUAAGUAAGCAAUAAGGCACCUCAGGUGGUUUGGGGAAUACGGUCAACAUACCACGGCUAAAGGCUGUUCUUAUGCACGACGCAUGGUGGAGUGCCUGGAUACAGCCCUUAGACGUGGCAUAUUGGCCAUAUACCACAAACCCCAGAGGUGCCUUAUUGCUAUUAUAAACUGGUUACCAAUGUAAUUAGAGCUGUAAAAAAAAAAAAAUGUUUUAUACAUACCACAGCUGUCAGCCAAUCAGCAUUCAGGGCUCUAACCACCCAGUUUAUAAUAUAAACUAACUAUCCUUACUGGCAAAUUAUUAACUAUUAUCUCCCAGUUUAUUUCAAAUGUUAGCUUUGAUUUGGUAGCCUUUUUGUUAUUUUCGAUUUUUAACUGCAAAUUAUUUUUGAAAUUAUUUUUUAUCAAUGUUGCCAUUUAGAGUUAUUCCAUUUGUUGCCAUUUAGAAAUAUUUCUGGUGAUUCCCUUUUAAGGAAUAACUUUCUUUCAGCUCUACUUAGCAACUUCCCAGUUUUCAGUCUACAAAGUACACUCUGCCAUAGUGAAGACUUACUGAACACAUGGGCUCUAUUCACUCAAACCUGGGUUUGAUGUCUGGAUAUCUUAAAAACAUUAUUAUUCUUGCACUGUUAGAAUGUUUCAUUUUUUUUAUUCAGUCAGUGUAAAAUCAAAAUAAAUGCAAACGCAUCUUACUUAACCCCGCACAGGAAAAAUGUUUGUAUUUCACGUAACCGGCAAACCUGCUUCUGAGGUUUGAUUGGAUAGGGCCCUAAGUCAAUACCUCAAAUUGCGCAAAAUGUCCUUCCAAUAUGAAUGCCAUUGUUUCAGGUUCAGACUUCAACUAUACAGCAGUGAAUCACAAGAGACUGUAGUAGGUGUGUGCACAUGGAGGGGAGAUGACAAUAGGGGUGUGUGCACAUGGAGGGGAGAUGACAAAAGGGGUGUGUGCACAUGGAGGGGAGAUGACAAUAGGGGUGUGUGUGUGUGAGGAGAGAGAAAAGGGUAGAGUGUGUAAGAAUGUUUAAAGCAGCGAUCCAGAUGAUUCAUUUUGUCAUCCCCUUCAUGAACACAGAUUUGUUGCACACACACAAACAUCCUCUCCGGCCAAAGCACUUUUCACUUCCCGCUGGACAAUAACACCACAUUGCCUUGUUGAGGACUCUUUGUUUUUCUGCAAGACUUAAACCCGGACCUCCAAUGUUAACCAAUGGCUGCUUUUCUCUCUGUCUCUCUCUCUGUCUCUCUCUCUGUCUCUGUGUGUGUGUUUUGGGACGAGAGAAAAACAUACUUACUAUUCUAUAGCAAUCUGAGAUGCUGCAUUCUCACUCUACUUGACUGCUGUUCCGUUCAACAUCACUACUGUUGCUAGCUACUAUAAAUCGGCUUAAACCGGGAGCCUAGCACCCAGGUGACACCCAUGUUUCUAGAUAACCAUCAGUAGCUUGGUAUACAGAUGUUUUGAUUAGGCAGGGGUGGAUCAAUUCCAUCUAAUUCAUUUAAUUUGGAAAAUUGUCAUUGACAAUAUUUUGCUUCAAUUCAUUAACCAACUUUCUAUUGAAUUCCUGAGUUUGAAUGUAUUAACCCCAGUCCUGCUGUUUGGUAAGAUUCACUGCUAAAGCAAGCACUGGUGUGUAGACAAGUAUAGGAGUGAUGUAAUUUCCUCUCAAUAAACCGUCAUAGUUAUGACUUAUCUCACAAAUACAGUCAGUACCUGUAUUUUGUUUCUGUUAUGCUUCUCAGGCAUACAACGCAAGUGAAUCUGGAGCUCCAGUGGAGUGGUUGGUCUCAUCUUCUGUUCUGUGAAUGAGACAAGACGGGUUAGGGGGAAGGGCAAAGUUAGGGGGUUGGGGGUAAGGAAGGUGGGUUGGCAAACAAAUGACCUUAUUUGCACAGAUCUGUUUUGGAAUCAAAUCUUGGCAAUCGUUGUUUUGUUGAUUUUCAAGAGGUUGUAUUUGUUUAUAUAAUAAAGUAAUAAACCAAUUUAAAUAAA